UUUGCUGUCUUUAUCCCUUUUUGUUCUCUGGUUGAAGGAUCCAGUGAACUGUUGUUGGAGGGAGACAUACUCUUGCCAAGAGGUAGGAAUGCUCUGGUCUGCAGCGACAGCAGCUGCUUUUGGAAGAAGUCCUCAAAUGGCCUAGUGGAGGUGCCUUACACGUUGAGCAGUGUUUUCUGUAAGUGAAAGACUUCCUCAUUAUGACACAUCUCUGUUUAUUACUUGUUAAUGUAUUGAACGUUUUCUUUACAGCUUUCUCUGACAGGACCGUAAUAGCCAAUGCCAUGGCCUCCUUCCACAGCAAAACCUGCAUUCGUUUCGUUCCCAGGACAAAUCAAACUUCCUACCUUAGCAUCGAGAGCAAAGAUGGGUGAGAACCACUGAACCAAUCCCUGUACCUGAAAAUGGAAUUUGGAGUUCUCUAAUUUUGUUUAAUGUACAGUGUCCUUAGUUUGACGUAAGUGACAUGGUUGAUUCCCCUCUUUUUUCUCUCAGAUGUUUCUCUAAUGUGGGCAGAUCAGGUGGUGCUCAGGUGGUUUCUCUCAGCAGGUUGGGUUGUGUUUACUAUGGCAUUGUCGAGCAUGAGCUGAACCAUGCACUUGGUUUCUACCACGAGCAUACUAGGAGUGACCGUGACAAGUACGUCAAAAUCAACUGGGAAAACAUCGACCCAACCACGCAGUCUAAUUUCGAGCUGAAAAACACCAACAACCUCAACACUCCGUACGACUACUCCUCUGUAAUGCACUAUGGAAGAACAGCUUUCUCCAUUAACGGGCUGGACACCAUCACUCCCAUUCCUGAUCCGUCAGUGAAUAUUGGACAGAGAAAGGAACUGUCCGCCAUCGACAUCCUGAGGAUCAACACCCUCUACAAGUGCUGAAAUUGUUUAGAGGCUUCACUUGCUGCGCUAACAAAAUAUGAAAUC